AUGAGUCGCCCAAAGGUUUUCUUUGACAUCACCAUUGGAGGAAGUGCCGCAGGACGUAUCGUAAUGGAGGUAACUUAGAAAAAUUAAAUUAUAUUCUAUAGGAUUAUAGUUAAUUUUGCCAUAUUUCAGCUUUAUGCUGACAUCGUUCCAAAGACUGCCGAAAACUUCCGCGCUCUCUGCACUGGAGAAAAAGGGGUUGGACAAUCUGGAAAACCACUUCACUUCAAGGGAUCUGCUUUCCAUCGUAUCAUUCCAAACUUCAUGAUUCAAGGAGGAGACUUCACUCGCGGUAACGGAACCGGAGGUGAAUCAAUCUACGGAGAAAAGUUCCCUGAUGAGAACUUCAAGGAGAAGCACACCGGACCAGGAGUUUUGUCAAUGGCCAACGCUGGACCAAACACCAACGGAUCUCAAUUCUUCCUUUGCACUGUCAAGACUGAAUGGCUCAACGGAAAACACGUUGUUUUCGGACGCGUUAUCGAAGGAAUGGAUGUUGUCAAGGCUGUUGAAUCGAAUGGAAGCCAAUCUGGAAAACCACUCAAGACUUGCGUCAUUGCUGACUGUGGACAACUUUAA